AUGGUAAAUUCUCAGACUAUCCUGAAGGCUUUGGCUGGCACCUACGCUCUUGUCAAUACCACGACUCUAUACAAUGGCGUGCCAGGGAAGGAUACUGAGUUCGGCGCAAACCCAGCUGGCCAAUUGAUAUACACCAAAUCGGGCUAUGUUUCGGUGGUGAUCACAGAUGCUGCAAACACAACGCUGUCAUUUGCCGGACCUUUUUACAUCGAUACUGAUGUUCCAUCGAAUAAGACUGCAGGCCAGCUCUUCUAUGGUCCCAUCGUAGCAUCCGAUUAUCCUGAUCUCAUCGGAAGCAGGGAGCAUACGAAGUACGAUGUCGUAAUCUCCGAUGGUAGAAUUGGGUUUCCGCAUGGUACAAGAAUUUUGAGUACGCAAAGCCUCGGCCAUAAUGGGACAGAGGAGCUUGCUGUGUGGAGAAGUAUCGACUAG